AUGACUCCCUCCGCACUCCCACGAAUCUCACGCAGCCUAUACGCUCUACGGCCAUCGCUCAGGUCUCAGCCGCUGCUGCGACCCCUCUCUACUACUCCUUAUCGACUCGCUGCAGAUCAAGAUCCGGACCGCAACAAGCACCCGGCGCGUCAAGCCCAACAGGAUCGCAAGAAGUUAGACCCCGAAUCUACUGAAUACGCCAAGUCUGGCUCGGACGACACAGCCGCCGCCAACGAGGAUGCUGCGUUCAACCCAAACAUCACGGAUCCCCAGGAAGCGAAGAAGAAGGCCGGUGAAGGGAACGAGGUAAACCCUCUCGAUGCCAGCCCGGCCAAUCCAGACAUUAGCCAAGGCACAGCCGAGGAGAAGGGAGGCCUGAAGAAGAAAAUGUCCGAGGGCGGUGGUGGAAGACAAGGCGGCGGUGAGCCGGGCAAGGGGAAGCAAAGUGUUUGA